CACCGUCUCCGCCCCCAGACUGCGGGCGGCCCGGCGAGCGAGGGAGCGAGCGGUGAGGCGCCGAGCCGCGGAGCCGCGCUCCCCGGCACCAUGUGGCUGAGCCCCGAGGAGGUGCUGCUGGCGAACGCGCUGUGGGUGACCGAGCGGGCCAACCCGUUCUUCGUCCUGCAGCGGCGGAAGGGCCACGGCCGCGGCGGCGGUCUCGCCGGGCUUCUGGUGGGGACGCUGGAUGUGGUGUUGGACUCGAGUGCGCGCGUUGCUCCGUAUCGGAUCCUGCAUCAGACCCAGGAGUCCCAGGUGUACUGGAACAUAGCGUGUGGCAGCUCCAGGAAGGAGAUCACGCAGCACUGGGAAUGGCUGGAGGCUAAUCUCCUGCAGACGCUAUCCAUCUUCGAGAAUGAGGAGGAUGUGACCACGUUCGUCAAAGGCAAAGUCCAGGGAAUCCUUGCAGAGGAAAACAAAAACAAGGAGGCCAAAGAGGAGGAAGAUUCUGGAAAGUUCAAGGAAGCGGAGUUGAAAAUGCGGAAGCUCUUUGGAAUGCCGGAGGUGGAGAAGUUGGUGAAUUAUUACUCGUGCAGUUACUGGAAGGGCAGGGUCCCCUGGCAGGGCUGGCUGUACCUCAGCGUGAACCACCUCUGUUUCUACUCUUUCCUGCUGGGGAAGGAAGUGAAGCUGGUGAUCAGGUGGGUGGACGUCACGCAGCUAGAGCGGAACGCCACGCUGCUCUUCCCCGAGUGCAUCAAGGUCAGCACCAGAGACCAGGAGCAUUACCUCUCCAUGUUCCUGAACGUCAGUGAGACCUUCAAGCUGAUGGAGCAGCUGGCCAACAUUGCCAUGCGGCAGCUGCUGGACAACGAGGGCUUCUCCGAGGACAAGUGCCUACCCAAGCCCAAGAGCGCGCUCAGGCACGUCUCUGUGCUCAAGAGGGACCUGGAUGCACGGGCAAAGAACGAGCGUUACCGAUCCACGUUCCGCCUCCCACGGGACGAGCGGUUGGACGGCCACACCGAGUGCACCCUCUGGACCCCCUUCGAUAAGAUGCACAUCAUGGGACAGAUGUUCGUCUCCAAUAACUACAUCUGCUUUGCUAGUAAAGAGGAGGAUGCCUGUAACCUGAUCAUUCCCCUGCGGGAGGUGACCGUUGUUGAGAAAGCCGACAGCUCCAGUGUCCUUCCCAGCCCUCUCUCCAUCAGCACCAAAAGCAAAAUGACCUUCCUCUUUGCCAACCUGAGGGACCGGGAUUUCCUUGUGCAGAGAAUCUCCGACUUCCUGCAGCGAACCCCGUCCGGGAAGCUGGCCCGCAGCCCCAGUAGCCCAGGGGCUCAGGUUUCUCCGGGGCUGGACGAGGCUUCCUCCCCUUGUUCCCUGACGUCGAGUCCAGGGUUGGCACUGGGCAUCAAGCAGUUUCCUUUCGGUGACGGGGAUACCCCCACCGCCAGCCGGCCACUGAUGUCGAUCUUCCGCCAGGAGUCCCCAGAGGAGUUUAAUUCCAAGAUGGCCAAGGAGAAGAUGAAGGAGGAAUCCUGGAACAUACACUUCUUCGAAUUUGGCCGAGGGGUGUGCAUGUAUCGUACGAGCAAGACGCAGGACCUGGUGCUGAAAGGGCUGCCCGAGUCCCUGAGGGGAGAACUGUGGCUCCAGUUCUCAGGGGCCCUGAACGAGAUGCUGACACAUCCUGGGUAUUACACCAGGUUGGUGACUGAGUCCAUGGGCAGGAACACCCUGGCUACUGAGGAGAUUGAGAGAGACCUGCACCGCUCAAUGCCUGAACACCCGGCCUUUCAGAAUGAGCUGGGCAUCGCAGCCCUACGCAGGGUCCUGACAGCCUACGCCUUCCGUAACCCCAACAUCGGCUACUGCCAGGCCAUGAACAUCGUCACAUCUGUUCUCCUCCUGUACUGCAAUGAAGAAGAAGCGUUCUGGCUCUUGGUCGCGCUUUGCGAGCGAAUGCUUCCGGAUUACUACAACACCAGGGUGGUCGGUGCUCUGGUGGAUCAGGGUGUGUUUGAGGACCUCACGCGGGAUCAUCUCCCCCACCUGUACGAUUGGAUGCAGGAACUGGGUGUCAUCAGCACCAUCUCUCUCUCCUGGUUCCUCACCCUCUUCCUCAGCGUCAUGCCCUUCGAGAGUGCCGUCGUCGUCGUCGACUGUUUCUUCUAUGACGGCAUUAAGGUCAUUUUCCAGGUGUCCCUGGCGGUGCUGGAGGCCAACAUGGAGAGGCUGUUGAACUGCUCGGACGAGGGGGAGGCCAUGACCAUACUUGGCAGAUACCUGGACAAUGUCUGCAAUGCACAGUCUGCUUCCCCUCCUAUCCCACACCUGCACGCGAUACUCACCGGUGGCGAUGACCUGCCAUCACAGGUUGACAUCUUUGAACUGAUUAAGGCAUCAUACGAGAAGUUCGGCUCGAUCCGAGCGGAGGCGAUUGAGCAGAUGCGUUUCAAGCAGAGACUGAAGGUGAUUCAAACCCUGGAGGACUCAGCCAAGCGGAGUGUGGUGCGUGCCAUUCUGACGGAUACUGCCUUCAGCAUCGAGGAACUGGAGGAGCUCUACGUGCUUUUCAAGGCCAAGCACAUGACGAGUUGUUACUGGGGCGGCAGCAGCACUGCGGCCGAGAGGCACGACCUUAGCCAGCCAUACCUGGAGCAGUACCGCCUUGACUGUGAGCAGUUCACUGACCUCUUCCAGGCUGUCUCCCCCUGGGCCUGUGGCCAACACUCCCAGGUGCUAGCCGCUCGCUUGUUUCGUCUCCUGGACCAAAACAGGGAUUCGCUCAUCAGCUUCAAGGAGUUCGUCACUGGCCUGAGUGGAAUGUACCACGGUGACCUGGUGGAGAAGCUGAGAGUGUUGUACAGACUGCACCAGCCGCCAGCUAUUUGGCCGGAAGAGGAGUCGGCGCUGGAAGCCACGCGGUUCUUCACCGAAGAGGCACAGAGCAAUAGACCGUACGAUGAGAAGAGUGGUCCUCAGGAUUACCGAUACCACCUGAAUCUGUGGGCACAAGAGAGGGAGAAGCCCAAGGAAAACGUGAAAGAUUUAACCAAGAUGAACCAGGAGCAGUUCAUAGAGAUGUGCAAAACUCUUUACAACAUGUUCAGUGAGGACCCAGCCGAGAGUGAGCUCUACCAUGCCAUCGCAACUGUGGCUACGCUGCUGCUGCAGAUUGGAGAGGUCGGCAAACAGUUCAGCAAUCCUGUGCCCAGGAGAACUCCUGGAAAUGGGGGCAACACACCGUGCGUGGCCCAGGGCAAGGAGCGGAUCUGCACCCCUGAACGGGCAGGGCCCAGGAUUGACCUCCAGGUGGACAUCUUGAGUGAUGCCCUGAGGGAGCAGGUGGAACUUACUGAAGUCGGAGCCAAGGAGAAGGAGGGCUGUUUCGCACCACUGCCCUCCGAGGAGGAGGCGAGGGACGACACGUCCAUGUCCUCCUACUCUGUGGUGAGCUCGGGCUCCCUGCCCUGCGAGGAACUCUCUGAUGACACCGUGCUGGUUAGCUGCGAGCGGCCGGCUGGGUCACAGGGUGUGGCGGAGGCCGACUGGUCCAUUUCCUUCGAGCAGAUCCUGGCCUCGGUGCUAACGGAGCCGGGCCUGGUCCAGUUCUUUGAGAAGCGGGUGGACAUUGGGCCAAAGAUCGCAGCCUGCAAAAGCCAAAGGGCGGUGGAGCGGCAGGUUAGCUCGUCCAGUGAGCAGGAGCUGGGGCUGUCGGCUAGCUGAAUCAGCCCCUCUGCCAUCCUGAGACCUAGAUCUGCACAGGAGCCCCGUUUCCCGGGAUCAUUGUCAUCCUCGAGGUUCCCCCCUCGGGUCUUCAUCAGAAUCCUUCAGCCAGUUCGUUGUGGUUGUUCUCGCUUGGGUCAAAGGCGCGAAUAUAAUGAUCCUUAGCAAAGUACUGAUCUCACCUUGGUUGGUGAAUUCCCUCCACAUCCAUCUGAACUUAAAAUGCACCCUUACUCCUCAACAAAAUCACCUGGAGAUCUGAUUUUGGAGCUUCAAGACAGUAUUCUGUCUCUCAAAGUUGAAUGCAAUGAAAGAAAGCAAUUUAUAUCUGUUUAUAUUAACCCCUCUGUUAUAGCAGUGCUCUAGAAGAUUCCUUCUGACUAUAACUAGUACAGCUUUUGAAUGUACCAACGUGCGUCAGCAGGGACUGUUAAAUCUCACAACUCGGUGAGCUGCGAAGUAGGGACACGACAAACGGCCACGUUACUCCAGAGGAGAGCCAGCUCUGGAUUAACCAGACGUCCACAGAUCCAGAAACCAGCGAAGGAAAGACCGUCUCAGUAUUGUGGGAGUUGAGUUGGGGAUCGGUAUUAACUUGUCAGUGUUAAACAGGCUCAAGUUAGUGAGAUGUGGCUCAGAGAGAGGCAAACUGUGUCUUCAGGGAACAAUUGUGACCAGAAUAUUUCUGCAGUUAUAACCCUUUAGAUGUAAUCAUGGUGAUUGUGGGUGAGUGAAGGAUUAACGCGGGCUGUGUGCCUGUGACCUUUGAGUGACCCGUGCCCAGGAAUGAGUAAAGACAAUUAACUGUGGGGAUGACUCACAUCCAACAUUGUAAUUAGGUUCAAGAUUUCAUGAACAACUCCCCCACACCCACCCAGAAAGAUCUCCACACACACACAUAUACAUACACACACCCCCCACACACCCACCAAUACACCCCCCAUAUACACACCACCACACACACCCACCCAUAUACACACCCCCACACACACACACCCAUAUACACACCCCCACACAAACCCACCAAUACACACACCCAUAUACACACCCCCACACAAACCCACCAAUACACACACCCAUAUACACACCACCACACACACCCACCCAUAUACACACCCCCACCAAUACACACCCCCACACAAACCCACCAAUACACACACACCCAUAUACACACACCCACCCAUAUACAUACCCCACACACACCCACACAUGUACAUACACACCCACCCAUAUACACCCCCCAAUACACACACACCCACCAAUACACACACACCCACCAAUACACACACACCCACCAAUAUACACACCCCCCACACAAACCCACCAAUACACACACACACCCACCCAUAUACACACACCCCCCCACACACACCCACCAAUACACACACACCCCCCACACAAACCCACCAAUACACACACACCCACCCAUAUACACACACCCCCCCACACAAACCCACCAAUACACACACACCCACCCAUAUACACACACCCCCCCACACACACCCACCAAUACACACACACCCCCCACACAAACCCACCCAUAUACAUACACACCCACCCAUAUGCACGCCCCUCAGCACACACACACCCCCACACAAACCCAUCCAUAUGCACACCCCUCACACACAUACACACGCACCCCACACAAACCCACCCAUAUGCACACCCCUCGCACACAUACACACACACCCCAUACAAACCCACCCAUAUGCACACCCCUCAACACACACCCCCCCACACAAACCCACCCAUAUACAUACACACCCACCCAUAUGCACGCCCCUCAGCACACACACACCCCCACACAAACCCACCCAUAUACACACCCCCACACAAACCCAUCCAUAUGCACACCCCUCACACACAUACACACGCACCCCACACAAACCCACCCAUAUACACACCCCCACACAAACCCACCCAUAUACACACCCCCACACAAACCCACCCCUAUGCACACCCCUCACACACAGACACAUGCACCCCACACAAACCCACCCAUAUAAACACCACUCACACACAUACACACCCCCCACACAAACCCACCCAUAUACACACCCACCCAUAUGCACGCCCCUCAGCACACACACACCCCCACACAAACCCACCCAUAUACACACCCCCACACAAACCCAUCCAUAUGCACACCCCUCACACACAUACACACGCACCCCACACAAACCCACCCAUAUACACACCCCCACACAAACCCACCCAUAUACACACCCCCACACAAACCCACCCCUAUGCACACCACUCACACACAUACACACCCCCCACACAAACCCACCCAUAUACACACCCACCCAUAUGCACCCCCUCCCACAGACAUGCACAGUUCCCAACCCUUUGUAUCUUCCCCCUUCACCCUACACACAUUCUCUCACCUCAUCUCUCUCUCUCUUUCUCUCUCUGCCACCACCUCUGUCUCUCUUCCCCCCCCCCGUCUUUCUCUCUUCCUCUCCCUUUCACUACUCACCCAUGCCUGUUUUGCCCUGCUGUGUCCAUCUCAUUCAUAGACUGUCCACACUUACUGCCUCAGUUCUCGUAAUAUGACACAACCCAGGGGACUGCAUGGCCUACCUUACCUGUGCCUCGUAGAGAGAAUGAUUGAGAAAUUGAUUCCUUCUGAUUUGUAAAUAUAUUCAUAAAUUAUAAUCCUUGGCUAAUCAAA